UUCCCAGGGAUGCAAACAUCACUUGGGCUUAGUCAUGGGCGCUUUGUUUGGGAAAAGUAGUAAAAAGGCUCCAAGCCGAAUAACAGAACAGGACAAGGCUGUUUUGCAAUUGAAACAGCAGCGCGAUCGCCUUAAGCAAUACCAAAAACGUAUAGAACUCCAACUUGAAAAUGACAGACUUCUGGCCAAGAAGUGCCUACAGCAGGGCAGGAAGGAUCGGGCUAAGCUGCUGUUGCGCAAGAAGAAAUAUCAAGAAACUCUUUUGACCAAUGCCGACAGGCAACUUGAGAAUCUGGAGAAAUUAUCAGCUGACUUGGAGUUUGCCCAAGUAGAAAUGAAAGUGCUGGAUGGCCUUAAACAGGGUAAUGCGGCACUAAAGAAGGUUCACGACAUGCUGGACAUCAACGAGGUGGAAAAGAUUAUGGAUGAGACCAGAGAGGGCAUUGAGAAGCAACAGGAAAUAGAUGCAAUAUUGACAGAUGUCUUGACCACACAAGAUGAGGAAGAUGUGCUGGCCGAACUAGAAGCCCUGGAGGCGGAAGAUGACCGCACAGUUGAAUUGCCAGAAGUGCCUACGGAGGAUGUCGAAGUUGGCGUUGAGGAGGAAGAGAAAGCAAAAACCAAAGCUAGCAAAGAGAAAGAGAAGCGUAUCCUAGUUGAGGCAUGAAGAAUAUAUAGAAGCUAGGUAAACUAAUGCCAUUUAUAUCUUUGUAUCUACUAUACAUUUAUCUAACUUAAGUCGCAAUUGUGAAAUAUAUAAGGUGUUUGUACACACAAA